AUGAAGAUGAUGCACAUGGCCCGCUGUGUGACCUUGGUUCAGCUGUCCAUUUCCUGUGACCACCUCAUCGACAAGGACAUUGGCUCCAAGUCUGACCCGCUCUGCGUCCUUUUACAGGAUGUGGGAGGGGGCAGCUGGGCUGAGCUUGGCCGGACUGAGCGAGUACGGAACUGCUCGAGCCCUGAGUUCUCCAAAACUCUGCAGCUUGAGUACCACUUUGAAACAGUCCAGAAGCUCCGGUUUGGCAUCUAUGACAUAGACAACAAGACACCUGAGCUGGGGGAUGAUGACUUCCUCGGAGGGGCUGAGUGUUCCCUGGGACAGAUUGUGUCCAGCCAGAUACUAACUCUACCCUUGAUGCUGAAGCCUGGAAAGCCUGCUGGGCAGGGGACCAUCACUGUCUCAGCUCAGGAGUUGAAGGAUAGUCGUGUAGUAACCAUGGAGGUGGAGGCCAGAAACCUGGAUAAGAAGGACUUCCUGGGGAAAUCGGAUCCAUUCUUGGAGUUCUUCCGCCAGGGUGACGGGAGAUGGCACCUGACAUACAGAUCUGAGGUAAUCAAGAACAACCUGAACCCCACGUGGAAGCGCUUCUCUGUCCCCCUUCAGCACUUCUGUGGGGGGGACCCCAGCACCCAAAUUCAGGUGCGAUGCUCAGACUAUGACAGUGAUGGUUCGCAUGACCUCAUUGGCACCUGCCACACCAGCUUGGCCCAGAUGCAAGCAGCCCCGAUGGAACUUGAAUGCAUCCACCCUGAGAAGCAGCAGAAAAAGAAAAGCUACAAGAACUCUGGGAUUAUCCGUGUCAAGAUUUGCCAGGUGGAAACAGAGUAUUCAUUCCUGGACUAUGUGAUGGGAGGCUGUCAAAUCAACUUCACUGUGGGCGUGGACUUCACCGGCUCCAACGGGGACCCCUCUUCACCUGACUCCCUGCACUACCUGAGCCCAACAGGGGUCAACGAGUAUUUGACAGCACUGUGGAGUGUGGGCUGCGUGGUGCAGGACUAUGACUCGGACAAGAUGUUCCCCGCGUUUGGAUUUGGGGCCCAGGUGCCUCCUGACUGGCAGGUCUCCCAUGAAUUUGCCUUGAACUUCAACCCCAGUAACCCCUACUGUUCAGGUAUCCAGGGUAUUGUGGAAGCCUACCGUCUAGCCCUGCCCCAAGUUCGCCUCUACGGCCCCACCAAUUUUGCACCCAUCAUCAACCAUGUAGCCAGGUUCGCAGCGCAGGCUGCACAGCAGAGGACUGCCUCGCAAUACUUCGUGCUGUUGCUGCUGACGGACGGUGCCGUGACUGAUGUGGAGGCCACACGCGAGGCUGUCGUCCGCGCCUCUCACCUGCCCAUGUCGGUGAUCAUUGUGGGCGUGGGGGGUGCUGACUUCGCGGCCAUGGAGCAGCUGGAUGCUGAUGGUGGGCCCCUGCGGACACGUUCCGGGGAGGGAGCUGCCCGGGACAUAGUGCAGUUUGUGCCCUACCGCCGCUUUCAGAACGCUCCUCGGGAGGCAUUGGCACAGACCGUGCUUGCAGAAGUACCUGGACAACUGGUCUCCUACUUCAAGGCCCAAGGUUGGGCCCCAUGCAAGCCGCUUCCACUCCCAGCCAAGAGCCCCGCACAGGCUCCUCAGCCCUAG